AUGACAAACAAUAUUGUAUUUGCUCAUGAAAUUGUUGACACUCUUAAGAAACAUAAAUCUAAAAAUGGUCUUAUGGCUGUAAAACUUGACAUGAGUAAAGCUUUUGAUAGGAUUGAAUGGAGUUUUUUGGAGGAUUGUUUGAAAUGCCAUGGUUUUGAUUAUGAUUUUUGUAAGAUGAUAAUGCAAUGUGUGUCAACUGUCUCCAGUUCUGUGCUUCUAAAUGGUGCUCCAGGUGAACAAUUCAGACCAACAAGGGGAUUGAGACAAGGUGACCCCUUGUCUCCUUACCUUUUUAUUUUAUGCAUGGACAUUUUUUCUAAAGCUCUGAUGAAUGCUGAAGAUAACAAUCUUAUUAAAGAUGAUAUUUUGAUCUUCAAUAAAGCAAAUCCUAAAGAGGUUAGACAUCUCAACUCCAUCAUUGAAAAAUUUAGUAGCAUAUCUGAUCAAUCCAUAAACUUUGACAAGUCUGGACUUGCUUUCAGUCCUAAAACUUGUAACCAAGAUAAAAAUACCAUUACUAAUAUUCUUAACAUUAGAAGAAUGGGUUUACAGGAGAAGUAUUUAGGAGUUCCAUUGCUGCUUCAAAGAAACAAAACUGAAAGUUUCUCAGUUUUAGGAUCUAUUGCUACUCAUCAUAUGAGUGUGUUUACUAUGCCUAAAAAGUUGACUGAUAGAAUGGAUAGUAUUCAAAGAAGGUUCUGGUGGGGUAAGAGUAAUAACAAUAGAGGUGUCUAUUUCAAAAACUGGUCUACUGUUGCUAAUUCUAAAAUGAAAGGUGGUUUGAAUAUCAGACAAUCUGCCCUUUUUAAUCAAGCUCUCCUAGCUAAACUAGCCUGGAGGAUGUUACAGGAUCCUAAUGCUUUGUGGGUUCAGAUUUUAAUGCAUAAAUACUUUCCUAACUGCUCUCCUUUUUCAGAUGAAAUUAGUACUAAUGGAAGUUGGAUAUGGAGAGGCAUUUUCCAAGGACUGCAAAUUGUUAAAAAACACUGUUGUUGGGAAAUUGCUAAUGGAAGGGACAUUAAUAUAUGGAAAGAUAGGUGGCUGUCUGAAUCUAAAGAAUUAGUUCCCUCUACCAACUGGUCUUCUGGAGUUGAGUAUGUUUCUCAACUUAUUGAGCAAGAUACUAAAAGCUGGGAUUUGAACAUGGUAAAUGUUAUGUUCCCUGAAGAAAUUGUUGAGCAGAUUUGUAGAAUUAGAAUCCCAAUGAUAGGAAAGGAUAAAAUUAGGUGGAAAGGUACUAGAAAUAGGAAGUUCACAGUCAAGUCUUCUUACAAUAUCUUAUUAGAUGAGUACUCUUCAGGUGUUACCAGUAGCAAUAACAAUUUUCCAUGGAAGAGAAUGUGGAAAAUGAGUUUACCUCCUAAAAUUCUCCAUCUCCUAUGGAGAAUUCUUCAAGACUGUGUUCCUACUAGAGAAAAAAUGGUUAAACAUGUUCAAACCAUUGAUGACAUUAUCCUUUAUGUGCGUAUUUGGUUUUCUAUGGAUACCACUGUGCUUCCCUCUGUUGGUAAUAUGGAUUUGGUCUCUUGGUUAACUAACAUGUUUACAACUCAAAAUUUUAAUGAUGCGCAGCUGCAGUUCAAGCCAGAUAGUUUUAUCUAUGAUUUUAAAAAUUAUAUUUCAGAGAUUGAAGAAAAUAUUAUAACCCCACAGAGUAUUAGUAGAAGUACUUCUAUACCUCUGAAGUGGUUGGCAGCUGUAGAUUUUGCAAUCAAAAUAAAUUUUGAUAUCUCUUUUAUUACUAAAAGGUUACCAGUGGGUGUGGGACUAAUAGCUCGCAACUCUGCAGGAAAUUUCAUUGAAGCAAAAGGGAGUUCAUCAACAGCUGUAGAUGAAGAGCAAGGGGAGGCUAUUGCAGCGUUGGAAGCACUGAAAUGGUCUAAGGAAAGGAAUUUUACGGAGCUGCACUUGGAAGGCGACAACAUCAAUGUAGUGGAUGCAAUUAAUGGAAUCACUGGUAGAAUAAAUUGGACGACAAAUAGUGUCAUCCAAGAAUGUCUUGUUUUACUUAAUCCAUUUAGUAGAUGGAAAUGCUCUCAUGUUAAAAGAGAAGCGAAUAGAGUGGCUGAUGAUUUAGCAAGAUAUGCAAGAUCUAAUGCACACUCGGUUUGGUAUGAUCAUCCUCCAGAUUUUAUCACUCGAAAUCUGGAGAUAGACAAUGUACAAGUUUGA